GCCCAGUCAUACCACCCUGGAAGGGAAACAACCCUUCUUCUCCCAGAUCCCCCGUGGGCUGGGCCCACAGCCUAGGAAAGAGCUGAUUGUUGGAAGUAGGGGUGGAAACAGGAUUAAGGGGUGGUGGUCUGGAACAGGCCUAAGGGUCUCAGACCCUUGGCUCCUUAGCCAUGGCUACACUCAGCGUCAAGCCCAGCCAGCGCUACCAGCUCUCGGACUGGCGCACCAACAGCUACCUGUUGUCCACCAAUGCGGAGAGGCAGCGGGAUGCUUCCCACCAGAUCCGCCAGGAGGCCAGGAUCCUUCGCAAUGAGACCAACAACCAGACUGUUUGGGAUGAACAUGACAAUAGGAUCCGCCUGGCAGAGAGGAUCGAUACUGUCAACCGGUGGAAGGAGAUGCUGGACAAGUGUCUGACAAAUUUAGACGCUGAGAUCGACACGUUGACACAGAUGAAAGAGUCUGCAGAGGAAAACCUGCAGGCCAAGAACCUGCCUCUGGAUGUGGCCAUCGAGUGCCUGACUCUGCGGGAGAGCCGGCGAGACAUUGACGUGGUGAAGGACCCCGUGGAAGAAGAGCUGCUGAAAGAGGUGGAAGUCAUUGAAGCCACCAAGAAGGCUCUGCAGCAGAGGACCACCCAGGCCUUCCAGCAGCUGUGCCUCCUGCAGGAAGUCCGGCAGCAGCUCAAUUCUGACCACCGGGACAAAAUGGAGACACUGGAUAUCGACAGGGGCUGCCUCUCUCUCAACCUCACUUCCCCAAACAUCUCUCUGAAGGUUAACCCCACACGAGUCCCCAAAGACUCCACCACGCUUCAGCAAUGGGAUGACUUCAGUAGGUUCAACAAGGACCACGCAGAGGCCGAAAUAAAAGCAGCCAUAGAGUUGAGGGAAGCCAUUGCCCUAACUAUCGCUCAGACCAACAAUGAACUUGAAGCUCAGAGGGUUGCAACAGAAUUUGCCUUCAGGAAGCGGCUCCGGGAGAUGGAGAGUGUGUACAGUGAGCUCAAGUGGCAAGAGAAAAACACCUUAGAGGAGAUAGCCGAGCUGCAGGAAGAUAUUCGGCGCCUGGAGGACGACCUACGCAGAAAGAUGAUGAACUUGAAACUUGCACACACCCGACUGGAGGCCAGAAACUUCCGGUCCAAUGUGGAACUCUGCCGGGACCAGCCACAGGAUGGUCUCAUUGAUGAAGUCCACCAGUUGGAGGCAACCAUUAGUGCCUUGAAGCAGAAGCUGGCCCAGACACAGGAUGCCCUGGAUGCCCUGUUCAAGCACCUGGCCCGGCUGCAGGCUGACAUUGCGUGCAAGGCCAACUCCAUGCUGUUGGACACCAAGUGUAUGGACGCCCGACGCAAGCUGACGGUGCCGGCUGAGAAAUAUGUGCCCCAGGUGGACACCUUCACGCGCACGACAAACCGUAUACUGAGUCCACUCAAAACUUGCCAGCUGGAGCUAGCCUAGCCUUGGUGGC